AUGGCAGCUGCGCGCAUAGGCAUCAACCAGGCGGAUACUCCCCAACCGUCGCCCGGAAAUGGCCGCGGCGUCGGAUUUCCCGCCGACCAGCGAGAUCCUCCCAGGACGAUCUCGCGACAGCGACAGCGACAGAAGCGAAAGACACCAGACUCCUCUUCGUCUCCGGCGCCGAGCACGGUGCAGCGGCAGAAAAUCACCCGCGCGUGUGACUAUUGUAAAGAGAAGAAGACCAGAUGCACAGGCACGCUUCCCUGCGUCAGGUGCACAAGGAUCUCGCUCCGCUGUGAGUAUAAUGCGGCCUAUUCGCGGGGCCUUCCGCCCGAUCCGCUCCCCGGUCCUCUGGCGUCGGGGAUUCGAUCUGCGAGGCCCUCGCCGCGGGUGACGUCUCGCGCGACGUCUCAGCGACUCGUCAGUGAUCGGCCCGAGGCGUCGCUGCGUAGUUCGCCGGACCCUGUUGUCACGGACUUCGAGGGCAACUACCUUGGUCCGGCGUCGGGGGUGUCGUUCCUGAAUCGUGUCUGGCGCCGGCUGCACCAGGAUGAGUCGUCGGCUAUCCCUGGGGGUCUGCAGGAUGAGGCCAGCUCGGGGAAUACCUCCGUCUUCAAGUUCGGGGAUAAGCCGUAUACGAAUUUCCAGGAGGCUGGGUUUGCCUUGCCGCCCUUCGAGAAGGCUUUGGAGCUGGUAGGGAUUUAUUUUGAUUACUCGAUGGUCACGUACCGCUUUCUCCAUAGGGGAAGUGUGGAGGAGUGGCUCGGGCAGGUCUACGAAAGCAAUAUCUCCUAUUCGAAGCUGCCAACGGGGAUCAUGGUUGCGCGGACGGCUAUCAUUCUGAUGAUCUUUGCCGUGGGUACUUUGUACGAGGAGCAAAACCCCGAGCGUUCGGCGGAACUCUGCAAUGGAAGUGAACGAUGGUAUGCGGCGUCCAAGUACAUCGCUUCCUUGGAGUCCGGACCCCCGCGCUUGGAGACGGUUCAAGCACGGCUAGGUCAAUGUCUAUAUCUGCUGUCAUCCUCACGGGCCAAUGAGUGCUGGUAUACUUUUGGCACGGCUUUGCAGCUGGUGACGGCUCUAGGCCUACAUCGGAAAUGGCCCGCGAAGAUGCCAAAGCACGGAAACUCGUAUCUUGAGCAACAGCUUCGCAAGCGUAUCCUUUGGAGUGCUUAUACGCUGGACAAAUAUCUCAGCGUUAUGUUUGGGAGACCGCGGUUGCUCCAUGACGAGGACAUUGACCAAGAACUUCCGGAUGAGAUCAAUGAUGAGGAUAUGUUGCAGGAGGAUUCGCAGAGACGUACUGGGUCGCCGGAUUGCAUGAUGAUCGCUUCUAUACUUCACUACAGGCUCGGCCGUAUUCUCGGUGAGAUCUCCCGACAGCUGUACACCGUCAAUCCGCAUUCCCGUGAUCCGCCCCAUGAGACUGCUGCGCGUCUUACAUCGGACCUCGAGCAAUGGAAAGAGACCGCACCCCCGUUGUUCAACAGUGUGCGGGCGACAAGUUUGAUUCCGCCACUUUGUAGACAGAGUCAGGUCCUGCAGCUCGCGUACUCCCACGCAACGAUCCAUGCGACACGGUCGUUUCUCUUGAACGAUUUCACCGAUCUCAGCCGCAGACCUUCAGUUCCGCAUCCCAUGGUCUCGAGCCAUGUGCGUAAGUGCAUAGAUGCUGCCGAAGACGUGAUGAAACUAGUAGACAGCUUGGCCAAGCAGGGCGUCCUGAUCCAAUCGUCCUGGUUUACCCACUAUGUAUGCUUCUGCGCCAUAAUCGUGGUUUACAUCCACACCAUUCAGCAGCAUCGACUGGCGUCCAAUGCCGACACCGCUUCACCAAGAAGCAUUGAGGAUAGCAGUUAUCUCCAUUCGCUCUUCAGCCUUGCGGAAAGCUGCCAGCGACACCUUGCCGAGGUCACUCGCAAAAAUUGCCCCAGCCGUCGCUAUAGUAUCAUUCUCGAAGAGCUGAGGUUGGAGGUCCACAGGCAACUGGGGACUUCGGGCCAUGCAGCCGAUGAUCUCCGCAGCAUGUCUACUCGCGAGGAAGUCUCCCUUCCGCUGGAUCAGGGAUACGCCAGUCCCAGUGUCGAGCAUCCUAUAUCUUUCCAUCCCAGUGCGGUGAACUACCAUAAUGUAUCUGGCAGCUUGCAGUCCGCGGGUGUGGGUGAAGGGCCAUUUGGGCUACCGGAGGACUAUGGUAUUUUGGAUAAUCUUGAGGGUUCGAUCUGGUGGGCUCAGCUUGACUCCUGGUCCUUCGCGAUGAUUUCGUCUUCGCCUGUCGAAUGCGUCGCAGGUGAACCAACCGUUACGCCAGCAGUCCUGGUCCUGCUGGCAAUCCGGGCUGUAGCUGCACUCCUGCACGUUGACGUCGGUGCAAGGCAGAAUGCCCUUCUCGAAGUAGUCCUCGGCGGCCUGCUUCUCCUCCUCGGUGGGCAGGUAGCAUGGAUCGAGGAACUUGUCCACCAGCUUCUGGCCCUGGCAGAUCCGGUAGGUGAACAUGCCACCAUGGUCACCGUUAUGGUCGACACACCACUGGACCUCGAUCUCCUCACCAGCCUUGAAGGAGGAAACGGGCUUGUCGCCCCAGUUCUUGGUGGGCUGGUUGUAGUCGACGCUGGCUUAUUGAGGCCACGGACGGUCUCAACAAUAUGCGGCCCGUUCACCAUGUUUCAAUGUCCAGAUAUAAGGAUAUGA